AUGGCAUCAUUGCGCGCAAGCAAAGAAAGUUGGAAUACAGGAAAGGUUGAGAGAACCAUGUAAGUUGGAUUUAACGUAGCGUUCUGACGAUGAAAAAUAACAAGUUCCGAACUGGCCGCACAGUACGACGAAAGUGGAAAGGAGCAUGUAAACCAAUGCAUUACACUCUGCAAGGGUGGACAUACAGCGCAUUGCUCAGCAAUGAGCGUCAAGGCACUGAGUCCGUCAAUCCAGACAGUUAA